AUGGAUUUGCCGCAGUGCAAACAUAUUCGUAUAAGACGAAUUUUAGACGGUACAGUAGAUGUCGAAACGUUUGUUAAAUAUUUAGAAAAUCGAUACAAAAUUGAUAUCAGAUCUAUACCCCAAUGGGAAGAUUUAAUAAAAUCUCUGUACAAUGGGAAACAUGAGUUGAAACAUAAAUUAGAAGCUGCUCUUAAGCGUAAGAAAAGUAUAAUUGAAAAACUAUACAUUCAAAACUACCGAGAUUCGCCAUUUGUUUUGACCGAUAAGUUAGCAAGAACAGCAAAGGUCUGGAAAGAAAUAGAUUCGAGUAAAAACAAGAAACGAACAAUUCAAAUUGAGAUUCUAUCUGAAUCUAUAAUUUCAUUAAAGCAUAAAGAGUAUGAAAGUGAGGAAUCAUUAGAUGAAGAGAGUGAUAUAAUAAGAUCAACAGCACAUCCCAAUACAGAAGUUGUUGAGGCUAGAGACAACGUAAAAGAUAAACUAACUGAUGUCGAACUGGAAACGCAAUCCGAAAUCUCAACCAAACUGCCCGUAAUUAUUUGUACCAAUCCACAUAAGCUACUUUCCCCAUUAAGAUCACAAUGUACACCUCUUACUUAUAAUUCACCCAAAUCUUCGUCUGUAACAGUUAAAGACUACGCAGAGGAAAAAAUAUAUACUCAAACCAAAGCGAUUAGAUCCUAUCCAGAAGAAAUUAAUAUGUACUACAACAGUAUGCAGUUUAAUAAUGAACAGUUUAUAAAGUUUACAUUGAGAAACUGCACGAAUGAUUGGGCCUUUGUUCGUUUUGUAAGCCUAUCUAAUAAACAUCUACUAAAAAAUAUCAAGCUCAGACCGCUUACUCCUGUAAAAUUAUAUGCAGGCCUAUCAAACGUAUACUCGUUACGGUUUAAGUUUAAACCCAAUGUAAAGGAAUUUGAAGGGUUUUUAAAUUUCAAAAUUUGCCGCGAUAGUUUAGAUUCACCCGAAGAAAUCCUAAAUAUUCAAAUUACUUGUGAAUGUAAGGAAAACAGAGCGGUACAUGUUUCUGAAUGUGUAUAUUUACCAGCUGUUUAUUUAUGGCAGUUAACGAAAGAUAGGUAUCCUUCAGGAAAUAUCGUUGCUCGAUCUGAAGAUGACUAUUUUUAUCAUAUACAUGUAAGAAAACAAGAGAUUAAUUGGGAAUUAUUGCUCGACGUUAAAAGCACUAGUUCGCUUGAGGUCCAAGCUCCAGCCACGGAGAGUGAACUCCAAAGAAAUUAUGAACUGAAGUCACAAAAUACGUUUUGUACUUUAACGAACUUUGCUGAAAUACCAAAAGAAGAGUCGAUUAGCUCACACGAUAUCGCGUACGGUAUCUUAUUAGAACUAGUUGAAAAUUCCUUAAAACCAUUUCUUCUAGAACCCACAUAUUUUUAUUUAAAACCACGUAGUAGUCAGAAAAUCCGUGUCAACUUCACAAAAGCGGAAUAUAUUGGCCUUCAUCAAAGCUACUACGAUUUGGAAUUCUUUAAUCCCAUUGAUAAUGAUUUAAUAAUGACAAAAACAGUAAAAGUUUUUGCCGAAAUAUUGCCACAUCCUAUAGAAAUCCAUCCCAUUAUCCUAGACAUGUCGGGAAUACCGAAGAAGCUCGGGCUAUUUAUCGAUCAUUUCACAAUAUUUAAUAACCACAAAUUUGUUCCUGUCACAAUUAAAAUUGAAUUAACAAGCAAAAUGAAUAGAAUUUUUGACAUAACACCUCAAGAGACAUUUAUAACGGCGCAGUCAAAUGCCUCUUUUGAGGUUGCUUUAUGUUCCCAAUCUCGUUCUAAUAAACACGAAGAUCUUGUUCAUUUUACUAUUAAAAUAAUUGUAAUAGGAGAUAAAGCUGUUUAUAAAAACGUGCCACCAUUUUUCUAUGAAAUUAUCAUCCCAUGCGCUUCUGAAUUUAAAAGAGUUUAUGGUAAAAAAUAUUUGAAAUCUGCGUCCGAUUCGUUAGACUACGAUGAUCGUACAGGAACGUCGACCGAAGUAGAACCAAGUAGGCUUUUGUAA